AUGGCUGUCAGAUUAUGGGCUGACCGAGAACGUGCAUCGGCGGAAUUCAAAGCACCGGAGGCUCAGAGCACCAUCGGAGUGUUUGAAGCUUUGCUGGGAGCUGGUUUGGACCCAAAAGAAGCUGCUCGUAAAAUUGUCCAUAUUUACGAACCCAUCAUACGAGCUGGAGGCAACGAUUCGCGCAUCGGAGAAAUAUGGGGCAUCCUUUGCAGUGCAGUACGAACACUUGGUGACAGUAAUGAGCUCAACGACAGGUUGGUACAGCUCAUUGUAGCAAUGAAGGACCUUCCCGCCCUCAAAGACGAGAAUGGUCACGCUAUCAAGCAUGAGUGGGGUGGAAGGUAUUGGAUGGAUUUACCAAUGUGGGGUUUGACGUUCAGAGAAUACGGAAUUUUUCUCGAACCGGAUGAGGAUCUCGGAGAAGAGGAAUGGCUCUCUCAAGCCACACCAUUCCUGAAUGCUACCUCGUUUGCUGCCAAACUGCUCAGCCAAGUCCCGGAAAUGAAAGACAUUUCAUUCCAUGCUGAGGUCUGCCUCAACGAAGCCUUGGAAGGUCCAUACGAAACUCCCAGCCCCCAAGCUCGUGCAUCCAUGUAUAUAGCACCUGCUGCAACUUGGAUUUUGCUUGCUGGUGAGAAGAUAUAUGAGCUCUGUAAAGAGAACUACAAAAGAAUUGAUGGCGGCGUCAAUAGAGAUGGUUUUCUUUGGACGGGUACUGGUUUCAGCCUUCCACGGUGGAAAUUCUGGAAGCAGAGGCUGUCCGAGAUUUCUCAGGAUACAACAUUGGAGGAAACUUUGAGAACCCAAGCAAGAAACGCAUCGACCGAGAUGGAACGAUUUGAAGUGUAG